AUUGCGCGCACACAAGUGAUCAAACAGUAUUCUAUUGGCUGCCCUAGUGAUCAGUUGAUUUUUAUUACGUUUUUGAAUUCUAUAUAUAACAAAUAUUGUUUGAAAUUUGAUUUUCUUCGAAAAAUAUGGAGAAAUCGGAUCUAUCGCAAAUUCCCACUCAAUUGAUUCGCGAUACAAUUUGUGAACUUAUCGAAGCAAAGCUAAAUACAAAAAACUAUGAAGUGACUGUAAGUUCAGCAUCGAAAGAAGGAGAAAAUAACUUUGUUGGCGUUGUUUACCGAGUAUCAUUUAAUAAGACCGAUGACACGAAUUCAUCAUCAAAACUGAUUGUCAAAGUUGCUCCACAAAAUGUUACGCGCCGAACUCAGUUUCGAUCACGAAAUUUAUUUCUGCAGGAAAUUUAUAUGUACAAUGAGGUUUUGCCAUCUUUUCGUCAAUUUGAAGGGAGCAAAGGUGUAACUGCCGCUGCAGAUUGUUUCAGUGAAUAUCCGAAGUGUUUUAAAACUAUUGACGAUGAGCCAAGUGAAUGUGUUUUACUUGAAGAUUUAAGUGCACGUGAUUUAAGUAUCAUUGAUCGUUAUAGUGAAGAAGUUACUGCCGAUCAUGUUUAUUUGGUCAUGAGCACGUUGGGUAAAUUUCAUGCAAUUUCAUUUGCAUUGAAAGAUCAAAAGCCGGAAAAAUUUCAUGAGCUCGCUUCAAAAUUGAAAGAAAUGUUCAUAGAUCCGGACGAUCCCAUGUUUCGAAUGUAUUAUGAGAAAUUUACCGAGAGUAUUUUUAAAGUAUUAGGCAAUGAAGAGGAUGUUGAGCUAUUGGCCAAAAUGAAGAAACUUUUUGAGAGACAUUCAAUUGAUAUUGCUGCCGACUGCCUUAAUCUUGAAAUGACAGGGUCAGCUUCAGUGAUAUCGUACGGUGAUUCCUGGCAAAAUAACAUCAUGUUCGGAUAUGACAUGAAUAAGAAACCAAAAGAGGCAUGCUUUUUAGAUUGGCAAAUAUCGCGCCACUCAUCUCCAAUCAUUGACAUUGUUUACUUUAUGUUCUGUUGCACCACAAAAGAAUUACGAGACGCACAUUAUGACGACUUUCUGAAGGCAUAUCAUGACAGUUUAUCAGCACACAUUCGAAGAUUGGGUUCGGAUCCAGAAAAACUCUUUCCAUUUCCAUUGAUGCAGGAACAUUUUCGGAAAUGUGGAAAAUAUGGUUUGAUUAUGGCAGCCGUUCUACUCCCUAUGAUAACAAUGGAAAGUGGAAAUGGUAUUGAUUUAGAUGAGGCUGCCAAUUCAAUGGCAGAAAAGCACGAUACGGACGCAUUUGAUGAUUACUUUAUCUCAGUGAAUUCGCGAAAUAAAUUCAACAAACGUAUGCGAGACGUUGUUGCUGAUAUGAUUCGCUUGGGUUACGUUUGAAUUAUUUGCAAACAAAUUCAAAUGUUGUUGUUUAAAUUGAUCAUUUGAAAUGGAAUAAGUUACACUUGUUUUUUGUGAUUUUGUUGUUUGCAACAUUUUACAAAACACAACUUAGAUUGGCGCUUGUUAAAACGAUUUAUUCCAUUAACAUAUGUUAUUUUAGGAUUUAAGCACAUUUUGUAAACAGUUUUGUAUUCAUUCCGAAGUUCAUUGAUCCCAUAGUAGCACAUUUGUUGUAUAUGACGUUAUGCCAUAACGAUCACAAAAUCGCUUUUAUGGUUUCAAGGUUUUUUCUGUUUUGUAUAAAGCUAGGUGUGCUAAUAAUACACACGGUGUUAUAUUUGUCACUACGCUUGCACCGUAGACUAUGAUAAUGAUACGGAUAUUUUAAGAUGACGUGACAUAAAUUGCUAUUUUACUAAAAAAAAAUGCGAAUCAUAUGAUUCUCAAUUUUUCACACUUUUUUAAAACAGAUUAUAAUUUUCGGUGCAAUUUUACACAUUCAUUCAUUGUGAAUAGGAUUUUGAGUGCUACAUUGACAUGCUCGAUACUUCUGUUUUCAUAUUAAUUCAUAAAUUUACAGCAAAAAUAAAUAUUUUUAAUAUGAAGAAUAGAAAACUUUGACGGUUACACGAGGAACUAAACUUACAUCCCAUCCAUGCAAAUGAAUGUAAUAAAUAUUGUUUAUGAUUUCAAUUACUAAAAGCUGUUCAUCGCAAAUUGCGAUUUGCAAUUAAUAAAUCCACGCAAACAUUUUUAGAAUAGUUUAGUUUAUGCAAUCAGACAAUAAUGUGAAAACAAAUAAAUCAAGAUUUCAAUAAAUUAA